AUGGAGCAGCAACAACAGCAGCAAAAUGUUACUGGAGCCGGAGGCCGAAGACUUCACAUCGCACAUAGGAGGUCACCCUCGGAACUUACUCCGUUAAUGAUGGAACAAUUGGCCCUUCAGCAACAAAUUGAAAUGCUGCAAGCGCAACAGCAACAAAUGCUUUCCGCUCAUCAGCAAUAUGCAAAUAUGGGUCUCCUUCCUCCAGGGCAAAGUCACUUGGCUCCGGGAUUCGGCCCAAUGCCACAAAUGUCUAGUGUUUCGCCUCAACAUGGUCAGGGUGGAUUUCAAUUUCCUCAGCAACACCAACAAAAUGCCGCUCCUCCCGGAGCUCCUACUCAGCCAUCGUCUCAUAGAAGGAAUCAGUCUGCUAUGUCCGGAAUGGGUGGUGCUACUGGCCCCCCACCUGCACCUUCUUCUGGUUCAUCUGGUACUUUUGGCGAGUUUUCUCAUUCUAAUUCAACCGGUACAAAUAAUAGUGCCCCACAACGUCGGCCCUCGGGUGCUACGGGAGGCCAGGGUGGUGAUGCUGGUAGAGGACAUCAGCGUAGACAUUCUCUUGCUCUUCCCGAAGCGAAAAAGGCUGCCGAACUUGCGCAGGCACGAAGAGGCCAGGCCGGUUUCCAGUUCUCCACUGGAGGGGCAUCAGGAAGCCCUGCCACUGCUACAGCCAAUGGAUCAAGCCCAACAACUGCAACUACUAAUCCGCCGGCAACACUGGCCCCCCCUAGACCUAGAAUGGGCGGUCACGGAAGAAGCCAGAGCUUGGCCGUCGGCGCGAAUGGUGGAAGCGCAGCGGCCGGUGGACCAAUUGGCGGUUUCCAGUUCCCUCCUCCCAUGGCUACGAGCGAUGCAGGGGCUGGCUCAACUUCAGGAAACCAAGGUCAAGGACAUAACAGGACCGGAUCCCGAAACUAUGAGGGCAAUUGGCGUAACCAAAACCAAAACCAGUCUCACGGACAUCAGCAAAACCAGUCCGUUGAUCUUCAGAAUCUUAACCAAAACCAGGGGAUGGGCCAACUCAAUCCUGGUUUUCAGCCAGGGCAUCGCACCCGAGCUUCUAUUGGUGCUUUCCAAUUUCCUACUCAACCAGGCCUUAUGCUCCCAGGUCAUGGAGGUCAGAGUAUUUUUAUCAACCCUGCUACCGGCCAGCCCCAAAUCCUCAAUGCUGGUCUCCUACAGCAGCAGCAGCAAUUGACUCAGCUACAACUACAGCAGGCGGCUAUUAGUGCUCAGUCACUGAACUUGGGUAAUCUUGGUCAAGCCACUGGUCAGAAUAUGCCAAACCAGCAACAACAGAGAAAGACUUUGUUCACCCCAUAUCUUCCACAAGCUAGUUUGCCCGCCUUGUUGAGUAAUGGUCAGUUGGUGUCAGGUAUUUUGAGAGUCAACAAGAAGAAUCGAAGUGACGCCUAUGUUUCUACUCAAGAUGGUCUUUUGGAUGCCGAUAUCUUCAUUUGCGGAAGCAAGGAUCGUAAUCGUGCCUUGGAGGGCGAUCUUGUUGCCGUUGAACUGCUUGAUGUUGAUGAGGUCUGGGGUCAGAAGCGUGAAAAAGAGGAAAAGAAGAAGCGUAAAGAUAUUAGUGAGACGAGGGGACCAUCUGGUUCUUCCAACAACAAUACCGGUGGUGAUGGAACUUCUACUAACGAGGCAGGCCAGAGCUUGCUUUUGGUUGAAGAGGAGGAAGUCAAUGAUGAGCAAAAGCCCCUCUUCGCUGGUCAUAUCGUUGCCGUUAUUGAGCGGGUUGCUGGCCAAAUGUUUUCCGGGACUCUCGGACUAUUACGCCCUAGCAGUCAGGCGACCAAGGAGAAACAGGAGGCAGAACGACAAGCUCGUGAGGGCCAUUCCGGGCGGCAGAACCAACCUGAACGAACACAAGACAAACCCAAGAUUGUGUGGUUCAAGCCGACCGAUAAGAGGGUACCUUUAAUCGCUAUCCCCACUGAGCAAGCCCCCCGUGACUUCGUUGAGAAUCACCAGUCAUAUGCCAAUCGCAUCUUCGUCGCAUGUAUCAAGCGUUGGCCUAUUACAUCUCUCCAUCCCUUUGGUACUCUAUUUGAACAGCUUGGGGAGAUGGGUGAUAUCAAGGUCGAAACCGAUGCUCUUCUUCGUGAUAAUAACUUUGGACCCGAUGACUUCUCUGAAGCUGUCAUUCGCAAUGUCAUUGACAAUUGGUCGGUCGAGGCUGAAAAGGAUGAGGUUAUCGCCGCUCGCAAGGACUUCCGUGAUGUGAAAACAUUCAGCAUCAAUGCCAAGAGCACCGGUGACAUUAGUCAAUCAUUCCACGUGGAGAAAGUUAGUGAUACUACUUGGGAAAUUGGUGUCCAUAUUGCCGAUGUUGCCCAUUUUGUCAAACCAAACUCCCUUGUUGACCGGGAAGCAAGAAAGCGAGGCACUGGUGUUGAGCUAGUCAAUCGUUUGGUUCCCAUGUUGCCCCCAAAGCUCGCGGAGGAUCUUUUAUCUCUGAAGGAAGGGCAGGAUAGGUUCACCACCAGUGUUGUAUUUACCGUUAAUGCGGAUACAAAUGAAAUUGUUGAGGAGGAGACUUGGGUUGGUAAGGGUAUAAUUAAGAACAGCGCUAGCUUCCUAUACGGAGAUGUGGACGCUGUUGUGUCCGGGGCUGAGGGUGAGACUGUCUCUGAGGAGUUUAAGGUUGCUGUCACUAUACUCCAUAAAAUAACUCGCAACUCACGGAGACAGAGAUAUUCAGCGGAAAAUGUUGAUAUCCCCGCUCUUCGUUUGGUUUACCAACUGGAUGAUGAGAACAUCCCGGUUGAAGAUAAUAUUUUUGAAACCCGCCCUGCCUAUGAGAUAGUCGAGGAGCUGUUCAUCAAAACAAACAACUUUGUUGCACAAAAGAUUGCAACUGGUCUUCCGGAGAAAGCCUUGCUUCGCCGUCAUUCCCCCCCUAACCAGCGACGCGUUGAGAACUUUGCCGAACGUAUGAACCGCUAUGAUCAGCAUAUCGACGUCUCCAGUAGUGCGGCGUUGCAAACCAGUCUUUUCCGUUUGAAGGAUCCCGUCGUUCGACAGGGCAUGGAAACAGUGCUCAUCAAGGGAAUGCAACGAGCGAAGUACUUCGUGGCUAGCAAACUCCCAGCUGAAAUUCAUGGGCACUAUCUUUACAACGUUCCUGCCUAUACUCAUUUCACUAGCCCUAUUCGCCGCUACGCGGAUAUCAUUGUACACAGGCAGUUGGAAGCAGUCCUGUCAAACGGUGCGGUUGACUUCACGGAGGAUACUGAAGCUCUUGCCAAGACUGCCGAACAGUGCAAUGUAAAGAAGGAUUCGGCAAAGAACGCGAUGGAGCAGAGCAUCCACAUUGAGCUCUGCCGUGCUGUCGACAGGAGGCGCCAGGCUCAGGGUGGAGAGCUGAUAUGCGAGGCAAUUGUGAUCAACGUUUACGAGUCAGCUUUCGAUGUCCUGAUUUCCGAAUAUGGUUUCGAGAAGCGUGUGCAUUGCGACCAGCUUCCAUUGAAGAAGGCAGAAUUUGAUAAAACUAAUCGUGUGUUGGAAUUAUAUUGGGAGAAGGGCGUUCAAUCCAAUGUGUACAUUCCGGAAGAUGAGCGCCCCAAGGGUGGGGCUGCCCUUCGUGCUGCUAAUGCCGCCGCUGCUGCCAGUCAAGCCGCGGCUGCAGCGAAGGCUGCCCAGGAACAAGAGGAGAUACAGCGCAAGAUGAUGGAAGUUUCAUCGCGAAACCCCGAUGCUGAACAGGGUUUGUUUGACGACGAAGAUGAUUCAAAUCCCUCUGACGGGGGCGUUGCUACUGAGAGACCGACUACUCUUGCUCCGGUUGCCGCUAGCACCAGACCAACUCAGAGCAUGCCUGGCUCACCUACCAAGAACUCGCCCACAUCUUCGCAGACCCCUCACCGUACUCGGUCUGAUCCCAAAAUAUCCGUGGCUGCUCACGAUAGUGAAAAGGCAGACGGACGGGAGGGUUCAAACGAAGACAAGUACUUACAAAUGUUUACCCUUCGUGAAGAGAAGGGGGAUUACAUCCAAGAAGUUCGUGAAUUGACUCGAGUACCGGUAUUUUUGAAGACCGAAUUGAGCAAGAGUCCUCCCUGCCUGACUAUCCGAUCAUUGAACCCGUAUGCACUCUAAAACAAUCUUGAUAAUCAAUCUUAGGUAAUGAUUGGUGACACGGUGGGGAGCAGGGAAUGGGAGGGUUAAUUAGCAUAGUGUAUUUGCUGCAGGUGUCACCACAAUGUUCUGUGGUGAAUACGGUAACUGGUGUUGGUUUGGUUUGCAUUGUGGGGAAAAAAUAUAGCUUUUCUUGUGAGGGUAGUCAGGGAGGUAAUGGACCGGACAUGAUAUUUUACUCCAACUAUUGAGAUGUCGAUUAAAUGGCCAAUAACUUUGUUGUCGUUA